UGCAGUCUGUAGCAGGCUUAAGCCUGCCACAGACUACACGCAGCAAGCAGCAAGCGUCAAGCAGCAGCCAAUCAACGAAGAGAUAUUUUCUACGCCACUGCUGACGCUUCCGCAAAAUUCAGCAGUGUUGGAUCCUCGCUGCUCGACGCUUGCCGCUUGCUGCGUGCAGUCUGUAGCAGGCUUUAGGGGCUUGAACGCAGCCAAUCCCGAAGCACCGAUCAUGAAAACCGGCCCGGCUCGCGUUAACUUCGGUCGAUUCCGGCUAAUCUCGCUUGAUCGCGGUGACCGAGAGACCUUCGAUUGCUCUGGAUCGUGGCAUACAUACGUACGCCGAUCGCGCCGUGUCCACCGGUGCUCGCCGUCCUGUUUUUUUUUUGUUUCAUUUCCGCACGAUUCGCGUACGUUUUCCGCGAGCGAGCACGCCCGAGCGAGCCGAUCGAGGUCGGGGAAACAGUCCUGGGAAACAGUAGGUAUCAUGUCUCACGGCGGUAGGAACGAGUGUAGGAUUUACGUGGGCAAUCUGCCGCCGGACAUCCGCACCAAGGACAUCCAGGAUCUCUUCUACAAGUUCGGUAAAGUUACCUUCGUCGACCUGAAGAACCGCCGCGGCCCGCCGUUCGCCUUCGUCGAGUUCGACGAUCCGAGAGAUGCGGAGGACGCGGUGCACGCGAGGGACGGCUACGACUACGACGGCUACCGUUUGAGAGUGGAGUUUCCGCGCGGCGGCGGGCCCAGUAACAACUUCCGCGGCGGACGCGGCGCCGGGGACAGCAGCCGGGGCGGCCGCGGCGAGAUGAGCAACUCGCGCGGCCGCGGCCCGCCCGCGCGACGAUCGCAGUACAGGGUGCUGGUGAGCGGCCUGCCGCCCUCCGGCAGCUGGCAGGACCUCAAGGACCACAUGCGCGAGGCCGGCGACGUCUGCUUCGCGGACGUCUACAAGGACGGCACUGGCGUCGUCGAGUUUCUCAGACACGACGACAUGAAGUACGCCGUGAAGAAGCUGGACGACUCGAGAUUUAGAUCGCACGAGGGCGAGGUAGCUUACAUCCGCGUGAAGGAGGACCACAGCGGCGGCGACAGGGGACGCAGCGAAGACCGGGAGAGGGGCCGUACCCGCUCGCGAAGCUACAGCCCGCGGCGUCGUGGUUCUCCCACUUACUCGCCGUUGCGGCGUAAUUACUCGCGAUCAAGAUCUCGCUCCAGAUCUCGCUCGUACGACUAGUAUGUACGUAUGUGUUUCACACGGUAAUAUAUAAGUACAGGUUUAUAUUGAUAUUUGCUCUUUACCAUGUUUCAUUAUUGCUGAUUUAAAACUUUUCACUCGAUAAAAAAGAGAGAGAGAGAAAAAAAAGAACGUUUCCAAACCCAAACGCAGAUUUUGUAUAAAAGAUUUAAAUGAAUUCCUCAAUACUGCCUGAAUUCAAUAACCAAUUGAUUGAUUGUAUUGUAUCUCUGAUGUAUAAUUGGAGCACGGUUUAUUUCGUACGUACAUGUCACGAUUAUUUUUUAAGUUUCUUGUUUCCAAAGUAAGCAUAUAUAUAUAUAUCUCUAAUCAGUCGACCCAGAAGCAAGUUAAUUUAGCGAUUUCAUUUUUCGUCGUCACUCUAACAAAAGUCUCAUAUUGGAUAAUUAUUUUGAAGUAUUUAUACACGCAAAGUACUGUUGGACCUCUUAUCGUUCUCAAAAAAAAAAAAUGGAAUCGUGCUCGAGAUCAUGUGUAACUGUUCAUCCAAACUGUCUAAUCUACAUUUAAAGAUACAUUCCUCCACAUAUUUGCCAAUUUGUCAUCACUACCACCUAUGAAAUGUGUAACAAUUUUGACGUAUUGUUCACGAGCCUUUCUCAACAAAAUUAGACCUAAAUCCCGUAACUCCAUUUAUUCUGCCUUUUAACUUUAAUGUAAAUAACAAACGAGAUCAUUAAUAUUUAUUAACAUCGAUACGGCGAAUACUUUUCAUUGACAAUAACUCGUUCACUUUUUGCUAACACACGCCUUUUAAUCAUGGUAGCUACUUUAUUGCAUCAUUGAGAUACAUUCAUGCUUGAGACUUCGUUUGUAUUCGGAUACACUUCGCAGUAGUAAAACGUGAAAUUUUUGAGGUCUGCCUAACAAAAGCUUCUUGAUAAUCUCUCGCAGUCGUCGCGCGAAUUUACUAACAUCCUUUUUGUAAUCGAAAUCAUCUUUCCAUAUUCAGGACACUUUUGUCCCGUGUUACUACUAUGAAAGUGCUAACCUUCAUCAUACAAAACCAGACGUGUACAGGAACAUGGGUAAACCGUUUGUACUAACGUAUUUGACAUACACAUUUUAUAGACGUACAUUUUAAUGAACAGCGAGUUUUGUUACUGGCACUAGUGCGCGCCGAGUGCACGCUAAGGCUUUUUCCGUAGUCAAUCUUAUAUUUUAAGCUCAUCUUAAAUGCGUGUUCAAAAACUAUUCAACUAAAAAAGUGAUUUUUGAUUGUUUUGAAAAAAAAAUUAUAUUUUUGGCUAACAGAUACUUCGUGAGAUAUUUAAAAUGAUUCUUAAAUGUAAGAAUUGGCUGUAAACUAGCCUUAGCACUCGGUGCGCACUAGUGCGAGCCACCGAACUCGCUGAAAGAAACAGGGCUUAAAGUAAUACUUAUUUUAGCUUAAGAUGCCUUGCUCUUGUCAUAUUUUUCAAGUCGAUAUUAUGACACAGUAAAUACGAUACGGCAUAUCUAAUCGCCUGAAUUAACACACUACAUAAUCGGGGUGGAUCGACUGUUAUAGUACGUCAUAUAUGUCAAAAGUCAUGCGCUACUGUCUAGUUGCAGAUUUCCUAACGCGUUUAGAAUCGAUUUUCUAGCACUAACAAUAAAUUCUUGUCGAGAAAUCUGCAACUUAAGAGAAAGCACACAAUAUGCACAUAUAUUCUGUAUACAUGCGUCUUCGCUAAUAACAAAUAAACGAGUUAGAAGAGUAGCAUGCUAUGUAUAUUGGUCUUACAAAAAUAUAUAUAUAUAUUUUUUUUUUAAAUAUAGCGUACGAUAUCUUAACUCUAACGGGGAUAACGUGUACAUAGAAAUAAAUACCUCAAGAUUGUUUACACGAUUCAUUUACACGACUCGCCAUUUGAAUCAAAAUAAUUCCAAAUCGAAAAGCAGUAGUGAUGACAAUACGUCGCGCAUAUAUGUAUAAUAAAAUAUAUGUAAUAUUUAUUACACACAACACACAUAAUUAUAUUGGCACAAAAAUCUUUCUUUUUAUUAUCACUCCCAUCAUACGAUCGAAUUAAUUCGCUUUAUAAUAACACGCAAUUGUAUUUUGACAAUAGACUUUGGAAGACCUUUCAUGUUUCGUGGGUCAUAUCCUGAUUUUGCAGAUUGCGUUUGAUGUUAUUUCAGUACAAAAUAUCUAACUUAUUUAGACCUUUAACAUUUCUCGAUGUGAAAAUAUAUACAGCAUAACGUGCUCAUUAUAUAUAUAUGUAUAUGUAUAUAUAUCUAUGUAUGUAUAUACAUAUAUGUGUGAUGAAUAAUCUGGACAUUUGCAGCAUUGUCCGGAUUAAAAUACGUUUUAAGUAAUACACGACGAAAUGCGGUGAAAUGCGGUGAAAUAUCUACCAAUUGAUACAUUGUCUUUCGCAUUUCUCUGUUCGUGUGUUUUCCUUUCUGUUUCACCUGCAACAGCCACAUGAUUAAACGCGCUUUUGAGAAUUUCUUUUAUAUCCCGGAACUCGCGGCACACACGCGUUUGAAAGGAAAACAUUGAAUAUCGUGUAUUUCAUGCUAUUUUUGCAAAUUAACCCUGUGAUCUUGAUUACCUUUGUGAUUUAAACUUCAUCACUGUGCGAACAUUUCCUUUUCGAGAAAGUAUAAUAUCUAAAAUCUUCUGCCAUACAGUCUGUAUCAUACACACGGUGCAGUUUCGUAACUUUAUAUAUCACAGGCAUUACAUUUGCAUUAAUAAAACUAUAUCUAAUAUUAAUUUACAUCACAUAAGGAACUAAUGUAUUUUUUCUUCUUUUGUAUAUUGGGAUUAUAACACAAUGAAUGAAAAACUGAAAUCAACACGAUCUUACUUCUUGGAUGGAUAUAAUACACAUUCGCUUCACGUUGGGAUGAGAUGGAUUGCGUUUCGGAGGAUUUGCGAUACGGAGAGCAUAAAUUAUAAGAGGAUUAAAAGACAUAGAUGAAAAUGAGAAUAGCGAAACGGGAUACUUUCAAGAGGAAAUUCAGGAUGAGGAGGAAGGAUUCUCAGUUGCUGGAUCAGGAAACGUUGGCAAGUCCAUUACGAGGAGGCGAUGAACGCCCAUUAAUAUUUCUUUUUGAAACUAGUAGAAUCCCAGUUUGAGAAACUAAAGAUUUUUGUGUGUCGCUGUUUUAAAAGAGGAACAUAACGAGAGUGGAACUUCCUCAUUAUAUUAUGUGCUUGUCAGGAUUAAAGUGCUUCGAGCUGCGUAUUCUUUCCGCGUAUCGCUUUAAAAAGGAAAGAAAAGGCAUUUCGCGCGUUUAUUAAUUCAUUUAUUACCUGAAUAGUCAAACUAAGUAAUGGAUUGUCAACUACAACUGGAUUCUGUUGGGAGCAUUUGGUUCGGUAACUCUAAAGUUUCUUGAACUUUAGUGAAGAUUAAUUUCUCGGAUCGCUCAUUAAGGACGGAUUUUCGGCAUAAUAUCUAUUCUCUUCUUAAUACAACGGAUGAUAUAGACUCAAUUUUGUUAGCUGUUACGAAACAUUUCGUAUUUAGUGUUAAUUUCAAAGGUGGAAGUGAUUCUUUGGAAAGACCGUCGCAUGCCUAAUAAUCGCACCUUCGAUAAUAUCGGCGAUCUAAAGUCCAAUCGUAAUAAUAAUUAAAACAAAAACACGUGUCUCCCGAUAACUAUGGCCGUUUUCUCGACCAACCGUGACCGGCAAGUGCAUCUCUUUCUCGCGUACAUUGUAAAACGACAGUGCGAGUCUUCAGGAUUUAACUGGCAUAAACAAGAGGAUGGUACAUUUGAGUAACGCAACCUGUCUGUCAUCUUGACGGGAGCCGGCCUCAUAAUUUUCGAGGAAACUCCGUACGAACGUUACGACGGACAGGAUACUUCGGAUGUAUUUGGAUUAGGACGCUGGCAGGAUUCGAAAAAACGGGAUAAAAUUAGUAUGCAUGGACGGAUAUUUUUGGAUAUAAGGAUAAAAAAAAAUAUUGCCUGCGCUGCGUAUUCAUCGGAUCGUGUUCGAGCGGAUCACUCGGAUUCAUUAAGGGAACGAUAUGCGAUGUGGAAGAAUGAUGGAUUUGGAAGCAUGAUAUCGUUCGCGCUUCAUAGGGAUUUGUCUCCUAGGUCGGAUACGGGAUUUGGAAACUUGUGUUUAGCGGGAUCAAUUGACAAGAUAAUUGGAUGUCAUUUUUCUCACGGAUGAGAUGAAAAGUGGAUGAGAUGGUGGCUUGCCGUAAGGUAUUUGUGCAAACAGUUUAUACCUGAGAUACUAUCGAUAUUUAUUUCUGCAUGCUCUCUUCGAAAAUAUUCUUAUAUUCGUAUUUUCAUUUUUGUCACCAACAAGGCAAACGCAACUUAUUGUUAGUAACACGCAAUACAAAGCCUGCCUCGAUAAAA